AUGGCCGUCCUGGUGUCCUCGGCGUCCCUCUUGGCGGCCGCCGACGAUCCCUACGGAGCGCCCAUCCCCAUCCUCAAGGACGACCGGGCGCAGGACGCCUACGGCGGAUACACCUUCGACUUCGAGUCCGGCAACGGCAUCGUCCGACAGGAGUCCGGGAAGGAGAGCGACGGACAGGUGAAGGAGGGAGGCUGGAGGUACACCUCCCCCGAGGGCGUCCCCGUCGAGAUCAUCUUCGUGGCCGACCAGGGGGGGUACCGGCCGCAGGGGGCGGUCAUCCCCGUGGCCCCCCCGCUCCCCUACCAGAGAUCCGUGCCAAGAAUGAAAGAUGGCCCAGGGAAAAUAUUCUUGGCAUUUCAGUUAAAAGAGAUGGAAAUGGCCCAGAAUAUAGGUAUCAAUUUUGAAAAGAUGUCAAGGCUGCAGCCGCUGUAG